AUGGAGGCAGCGCUGAAGAACUUAUCCAGUACGGUCGAGUUGCUGGCGGUUGCGGCGCGGAGUAGUGACGUGCGUCUGUGGGAGCGAAAGUCUGUUUCUCGGGCUUUCCACUGGGCCUUCUACUGCGAGCACCUUGUCUCCAAGUUCCACCAAAACCCCCAAAUAAGAGAGAUUAUGGAGUUGCAACUGCAGCAAACUAAUAGCACGUUGCGAGCUGUCUUUGCUGACUACACUGAGCUCUCUUUAAUGGACCUGUCACAAUGCCAGCACCUGUUGCUUACAGGGCUGCUGAGUAACCCUCAUUUGCCCCUCUCCAUCAUGAAGAUACUCUUUGACUCCAGAAAACCAGCUCAUGUCAUACCAGGAGAGUAUCAGGAUGUCACUGGACUUUGCAGUCGCAUCAUUCAAUGCAAAUCUGCUCUGAAAAUCUUCAGUCCACUCACGGGUCAGUCGGGCGCCGGUGCCGGGGUGCAGGCUGCCAUGUUGAUGGAAAGCCUUCACGCCUUGCUGAGCCGAGGCGGCGAAGCCUGCCGGGCACAGUGUUUUCUUGACUCAGUCCUCCAGGGAUGCAAAGAAGUAGAACAUUUAUGUCUGGUCCUCGCUGACGCUAUGCUGACUGCAGAAAACGCACAUUCACGAACUGCCUCAGUGGAUUUUCUCCAGGAUUGGCUCCAGCAAAAACACAGCCUGCUUCAACAAAUGUGCCUCACACUGCCUAUAUCUCUUCUUAAGGACCUGGCCAAAGAGCAUGCCAAAUUUAGGGACAUGUACGGUGGUGUACUUAAAAAGUGGGUUGCAGAUAUGGAGUACUGCAUAGAUGAUGGCGAAUGGGUUCAAAGCAGCACAAGUCCCAAAGUGUCUUUGCGGGAAGUGACUGAGCGUUUUGUGAUCUUGUUCAAAGUAUGUCCCGCUCUGAAGAGCACUGUAGAAAGAGAACUGAAUGAUUUGAGGAUAUCCGAUGGAGACUUUGAUGUCAGAGGACUAAGUGUGUGGGGAGAUCUCCUGGCAGAAAUACACAAGUGUCACCCAUAGCUUGAGCAAUAGUUUCACAAAUGUUGUCAAGGUUGUCUGCUUAUUUAUUUUGAAAUAUUAGACACCGAUCUGCAUUUUCUCCCCUCCUCUGUAAAAUGUUUAAAAUGAGUUUAGAGAAUAGGAGAAUUAAACCAGAUUUUUAAAAAAUAAACAAAAAACACUGCUCAAUUUUUUUUUAAAGAAUCCAAUGGAAUAUUCUGCAUUGACAGAGUCCAGUUCCAAUAAGGUGUUGUGCAAUACAAGCGUGAUUGGUUCUGUCCUGUUCAAGUGACUUGAAUACUAAUUCACAUGACUGCUUCUGGGCUACAGCACCUCUGUAGCAAGGGAUCAAUUAGCCACAUCCUGUGUGUUCAAUCAGAGCUGCACAAAAGCCGCUAUGCGCUGCACCGCGGAUUAGAGGCCCCGACAUGGCGUGCAUGCAAACGCCAACACAGCCACGGCUCGUUUAACACGCCAUGAAAGCAAUUCACGCAGUGACAGACAAGGGUCACCGAGUAACGGCCGGCGUGUACACAAGCAAUUUAUUUCCGAGGCAGGAGGAACAUAUGUGGCAGACAAAAGGGGGAAGCCACCAUGAUUAAACGGGGUCUCACCUGCUCCUCUGCUGUAAAAACAUGCAAAUGUUCCCAAUUGGAUUUUUGUCAUGUGGAUGCUGCAAACAAAAGGUCACCGGUAAUUCUGCAGAGCAAAUGGCAAUUUACACGUUACCUGGGAGCG